AUGGUAUGGUCAAGCUCUCAGGGCGAACCAAACGUUCCACAGCGUGCAGUUCGCCACCACUGGCGCUCUUCCGAUGGCUUCAUCAUUAGCACGAUGUGCCUGGCUUUGUUCACUGACGAGCUGCUCUUCGCGUUCAUGGUGCCCUUGCUACCGACCAUCCUUGAAGACCGUAUCGGUCUAGCCGCGUCUUCCACCCAGCGAUAUACUUCCAUUUUCUUGGCUGAGGGAGCAUUCGUGUCAGUUGUUUCCAGUCCAUUUAUAGGGUCCAUUGCCGACGCGACAUCCUCGAAGAAAUUACUGCUGUUGAUUUUGCUGGUACUGGCCCUAGUGAGCGUCGUUUGUCUAUCGCUGACUACCACAUUAUCAUGGCUAUUUAUCGGGCGCUUUUUUCAAUCUAUCGCUAGCAACGCAUUAUGGAUUGUUGGAAUGGUAACGAUGACUGAGAAUAUUGGAUCGGAACACAUGGGCAAGAUCGCUGGCUUGAGCUCGACCAUGACGGCGGUGGGGACUACUACCGGGCCGGUACUGGCAGGAAUCUUAUUUGGAUUAGGCGGAUACUGGCUUGCGUGGGCUGGUGCAAUCGGUUUCCUAGUGGUGGAUAUCAUCAUGCGCUUGCUGAUGGUGGAAAGACAGCAUACUUCAGAGAACGAGGAGCGCGAUCCUCUUCUCAACGAUUCCUCAGAGUCACCCUCAACACCCAAUGGUAUUGACAGCCCCGAAGCUUCUCCUGUUGAAAUUCAAGGCUGGCGCUUCUACCUGUGCCUCUUUCGUCAGUCUCGUUUUGCGGCCGGUAUCUUUGGCUACUAUGUAUCCGCUCUUUUGAUUGCCUGCUUCGAGUCAACAUUGGCGGUGCAUGUGCGCGAUGCGUUUGGUUGGGGCGUCCUCCCCGUUGGACUACUGAUGACUUCGAUCCAGGGACCGGGAAUGGUCCUGGCCCCGUUUGUAGGGUGGCUUAGGGAUCGCAUUGGAUCACGAACCCCAACGACCAUUGGAUUCAUCGCUCUCAUCCCCUUCCUGUUUCUCCUAGGCAUUCCCGGAGACGAUCGCUUCCCGUGGGCAAAUGAGGGAAGUCGAGGAAAGGUCAUCUACGCAGUCUCCAUGGCCAUGCUUGGAUGUUUGAUGUGUAUGUUGGGCGGCGUAGGAACAAUGGAAGCAACAGAAACAAUUGAUCUACUGGAGACUGACAAUCCUGGAAUAUUUGGCCCUAAUGGAGGCUAUUCACGCGCCAUUGCCAUAACUGGUAUGAGUUUCAUGGCCGGUUUGAUGACCGGACCGCUUCUGGCUGGGCUACUAGUCGAGCAGCUCGGGUACUUUGAGCUUCAAUGCGUCCUCGGCAAGUCCUCUCCCUGUCUAUUGCCUGAUGUUUACUGA